AUGGGCGAGUUGACUACAGUGGAGCGAAAUCAAAGUCAAAGGAAACAGUCAAAAGGUCCAAAAGGUGUAGUAGAAUUAAUUAGUGGAGCAAAUGAAAUAGCAGAAAACAAACCAGGACAGAUGGUAUACGUGGAUGCUGAUUCGCUGAUUACACGUCUUGACCAGUACCGAAGCAUGGUUGCACAUUCAAAAUGUUACGUCGAGGCCUUUCCUGAGUCAUGAAUUCACAUUAAAAUGUUACUUCUUGGUCACUGCUGAGUCAUACCUUUACAUUCAAAAUUCUACUUCCCGGCCACUACUGAAUCAUGAUUUCACAUUCAAAAUGUUACUGCCCAGCCACUACCUACCGAGGCAUGGUUUCGAAGUCAAAAUGCUACGUCUCAGUCACUACCGAGUCAUGAUUUCAUAGCCAAAACUUUACUUCAAGUCGACCUAUACCGAAUCAUGAUCUCACAGUCAAAAUACUGCAUAUGUGUAUUAAGAAAAUUACGUCCUUGGCACCCACCAAAUGAACAUUCGGUAUCUUUGUUUGAAAAUGCGUUAUAAUGAUGACUAAUAGCCGUUUAGUUGACCGCGGCGAAUGAUAUCCAAUAGAAUUGAAUCGCUCCAGUAACUUGCUUAAAUUGCGAGACAAGUAAUUAAAGUGUGAGGCAAGUAAUUAGCACAAAAGAAAAUUUUGAACGUUCGUAAACCUUAAAAAUAAACUGAAAUUAUUGUGAGGUGCCACACAUCGAAACAACUAAACGAAAAUGAAGAUCGCAAAAGCAGAAUCCAGCGUAAAACGGACUAAGUUUGAGGUCCAUGCUUUGCGUAAACAAAUAGAGCUCAAGAGAAAUAGGGGGAAACGCGACCAUUGCCCAAAGGCAAUAUUGUCACUGGCCAUGAAAUGGGUGGCUGACCCGUGAAAACCUCACUUGUGUUUGUAAUUUGCGCCAGAACCAAACAUAUUUUACAAGCGAAAUCCUUAUAGUCUGUCUCGUAGACUCUCGCGUAUAUGUCGCUAUGGAUACCAGCUCAAGCCGACCUCGAGUCGAUGGCAAAGUGUUGUACACCAUUUUUCUGAACUAUGUGAACAGCGAACACAAAUGUUGUAAAUCAACUCAAAGACAAAGGUCAUUGCCAUCAAAAACAAACAUGGACCGGUGGAGCUUGAACUGGUGGCUGGGCAUCUGCUAGUACAGGCUGCGCUUGUUCGGGAGCCACUUGUUGCUGUUAUUAUUAUUAUUAUUAUUAUUAUUAUUAUUAUUAUUAUUAUUAUUAUUAUUAUUAUUAUUAUUAUUAUUAUUAUUAUUAUUAUUAUUAUUAUUAUUAUUAUUAUUAUUAUUAUUAUUAUUAUUAUCUCUGGAACCCUUAGCAACGUGUUGCUUCCACAAAAUAAAUUUGGUCUGAAUAUUAUUCUCCCUUCGACAAAAUUUAUCCAAUGUCAAACUGUCUCUCGAUCAGCUCUAAAAUACUCACCAAACGUAGAUAUUAACAAUCUAUGGGCGGUGACGAGCACCAACAAGAACGUACAUUAUGACAUUUACAAAGACACAAAAGACGUACUUAAGGCAGUUAGAAAAGAAAACGAACAAAGACUUCAAACCCACCUCAUUUCGCAAGGUUCUUUCUUUUCCAGUAUCAUGAAUCAUUCCACAUCCACAUUCAACUCUUUAUGGUCAUCCGUUCAGAGCAAACUUCCGAAAAACAUUUUUAACUUCACCAUCCGAUAUAUCAAUAACACACUUCCAACACGAAAGAACCUAUCAAAAUGGGGACUAUCAUCAACAUCCGAUUGCUCUUUCUGCUCCUCACCUGAAACGCUGCUACAUGUGAUUGCUGGAUGUAAGACAUAUUUAGACGAAGGCCGGUUUACAUGGCGACACGAUUCUGUUUUAAAUUUCCUCGCAUGCACUCUUACUGCUGUGAAAAAUUCCACAAUUUACGCGGACAUUCCUGGUUUUAUGAAUCCAUCUGUUAUCACGGGAGAUCGUUUACGACCUGACCUUCUGCUGGUGACUGAAAACAGAUGUCUAUACAUCCUCGAGCUUACAGUCGGUUAUGAAUCCAAUCUGCUAGUUAACGCCAAUCGUAAGCGUCAAAAGUACCGUGAUCUAAUCAAUGAGCAGGAAGCAGAUUAUGAUAAAGUCAAGUUCGUCAAUUUAUCCUUGAGUACCCUCGGAGUUUUUGGCCGAUCUUCUGAAAAUUUCGAUGGCAUGCUAAGUAGCCUUAAAUGUGAUGCCAAGUAUAGUAAAUACAUAAAAAAGCAAAUCGUGAACAUAUGCAUACGAACGUCAUAUUAUGUAUUUUGUAAAAGAAAACAAGGUGUGGGAUAA